AUGAAUAACCCUGUUGAUCUGGUGGACAAAAUUACUCCAUGGAGAGAAUCAUGGAAAGUGCAUGUUAAAGUUGUGAAGUUGUGGUACCACAAGAAUCCUGCUUUGGAUCCUUCUCAAAAUCUGUUGCAUAUGGUCUUAAUCGAUGAGAAGGCCACCAUUAGAGAUCAGCUUAUAUCAAAAUUUGCCUUGUCUCUAAAUGAAGGGGAUGUGUACUUGAUGACCCAUUUUACAGUUGUACCGAACACCGGUUUGAACAGAGUGACAAAACAUCGGUUCAGACUUUUGUUCCAAUACAACACCUCUGUUGUUUCUAUGGUAUCUCCAAGGAUACCUCAUUCGGGUCUGUGUUUAGCAUCAAUAGAUGAAAUUGAUCAAAUCACAAAGGAGCAUAAUUUCCUCAUUGACUUUGUUGGGAUUAUUACUGGUGUUCGAAAAGAAAGAAAUGUGGCAUCAGAUGGGAAGCUGGUCAAAGCAGUGGUCCUAGAAGUCUUUGCUGAUGGAAAAAGGGUACAAUGCAAUGUGUUUGGAGAUGCUUGUGAUCUGUUAGAAUAUGAUAAGUUACAAAAAUAUGCAAGAUCUCCCCUGGUUGUCCUCGAGUCUUUUAAAAUCAAAGCAAUUGAAGGUGGGGUAAUCCUACAGAAUGUGAUAAAUGUCUCUAGGUUAUUCAUUAAUCCUGACAUUCCUGAGUCUGUUGAAUUCCUAAGCAGAUUUAGUGUAACCAGUUAUGGAUUCUCAAGACUUGUGACCAAUGACCUUGGAUACUUAGUUUCUAAAGUUGAUGGUCAUUAUUUCAAUCCCAAAGAGAUCAGUAAUAUUCAAGAUCUUCAUUCAGAUAAUGGGGAUUCUCAUUACUUUGUUAUUGGGACAAUUAAGGAAGUUAUGGAUGAACCAGAUUAG